AUGGCCAACCCUCCCCACGGCGGUAUCCUCAAGGAUCUCAUUGCUCGCGAUGCCCCUCGUCGCCAGGAACUCAUUGCAGAGGCCGAGAAGCUGCCUGCCAUUGUCCUCAAUGAGCGUCAGCUUUGUGAUCUCGAGCUCAUCCUGAACGGAGGCUUCUCCCCUCUUGAGGGGUUCAUGAACGAGAAGGACUACAAUGGUGUGGUCGACAACAACCGUCUCGUUGACGGCAACCUGUUCUCCAUGCCCAUCUGUCUUGAUGUCUUCCAAGAGACGAUCGACGAAGUCAAGGCAAAGCCCGGUGCCCGCAUCACUCUCCGUGACUUCAGAGACGACCGCAACCUGGCCAUCAUUACUGUCGACGACAUUUACCGCCCCGACAAGAAGAAGGAGGCUGUCGAGGUUUUCGGUGCCGACGAUGAGGCCCACCCUGCCGUCAAGUACCUUUACAGAACUGCUGGUGACUUCUACAUUGGUGGCAAGAUUGAUGCCAUCGACCGUCUGAUGCAUUACGAUUACGUCGCCCUCAGAUACUCUCCUGCAGAGAUCCGUCUGCACUUCGACAAGCUUGGCUGGUCCAGAGUUGUCGCUUUCCAGACCAGAAACCCAAUGCACCGCGCUCACCGUGAGCUGACCGUCCGCGCUGCUCGCUCUCGCCAGGCCAACGUCCUCAUUCACCCCGUCGUUGGUCUCACCAAGCCCGGUGACAUUGACCACUUCACCCGUGUCCGUGUCUACCAGGCCCUCCUUCCCCGCUACCCCAACGGCAUGGCUGUCCUCGCCCUUCUUCCCCUGGCUAUGCGUAUGGCUGGUCCUCGUGAGGCUUUGUGGCACGCCAUUAUCCGCAAGAACCACGGUGCUACCCACUUCAUUGUUGGUCGUGACCACGCCGGACCUGGCAAGAACAGCCAGGGUCAGGACUUCUACGGACCUUACGAUGCCCAGGACCUUGUUGAGAAGUACAGGGAUGAGCUCGGUAUCGAGGUUGUUCCUUUCCUCCAGAUGACUUACCUCCCCGACUCGGACGAGUACCGCCCCAGAGACCAGGUCCCCAAGGACGUCAGAACACUCGACAUUUCCGGUACCGAGCUUCGCCGCCGUCUGCGCACUGGUGGCGACAUUCCAGAGUGGUUCUCAUACCCUGAGGUUGUCCGUGUGCUCCGCGAGUCGCACCCUCCCCGCAACAAGCAGGGUUUCACUGUUUUCCUGACUGGUUACGCCAACAGCGGCAAGGACGCCAUUGCCCGCGCUCUGAACGUUACCUUCAACCAGCAGGGUGGUCGCACUGUUUCGCUUCUUCUUGGAGAGACUGUCCGCUCGGAGCUCAGCUCGGAGCUUGGCUUCAACAAGGAGGACCGCAACACUAACGUCGGCCGCAUCGGCUUUGUUGCUGGUGAGCUGACCAAGGCUGGCGCCGCUGUCAUUGCCGCUCCCAUCGCACCCUUCCAGUCAAGCAGAAAGCACGCCCGUGAGCUUGUCGAGAAGUACGGAUCCUUCUACCUCGUUCACGUUGCCACACCGCUCGAGGAGUGUGAGAAGACUGACCGCAGAGGCGUCUACGCCGCCGCUCGCCGCGGCGAGAUUAAGAACUUCACCGGUGUUGACGACCCGUACGAGACUCCCGUCGAGGGCGAGGCCAACCUGACCGUUGACCUGACCAAGAUCAGCGUGCGCACAGCUGUUCACCAGAUUGUGUUGCUGCUCGAGGCUGAGGGACUCUUGGACCAGCUCUAA